AGUUUGAGAAGGCCGAGACCCUCCUGAUCUCUGAGGUCCACAUGCUGUUAGAACAUCGCAAACAGACAAAUGAAAAUGCAGAAGAAGAACAAGAACUUAACGAGAGAUUCAUGAAGACCUUGAAUUACUGCGAAAGGUUUUCCAAGUUCAAGAACAGAGCCACGAUUAAGGCCAUCCGAGAACUUUUGAAUCAGAAGAAGCUGCACAAAUUUGAACUGGCAGCACUUGCCAACCUUUGUCCUGAGACGCCUGAAGAAGCCAAAGCUCUCAUUCCCAGCUUGGAAGGCCGCUUUGAGGAUGAGGAGCUGCGUGUGCUGCUGGAGGACAUGGCGACGCAGAGAAGCUUCCAGUAUUAGAUGGGAUUUUUCAGUAGACCUUUAUUUAUUUAAUAGUAAUCUAUUUAGCGUUUUUUUCCUGAAAUGAUUGGGGAGAAACUGAAAAUAUUAUGGAUAAGAAUGAUUAGUAUUUUUAAAAAUCUUUCCCGAUUCUUAGGAUAUGUAGCUUUGUUAAUUCUGGUUUCGAAAUCAUACAUCUUAUAAUAAACAACAAAAUGAGAACAGUUUGUGAAUGUGAAAAGGGUGUUAUCAUGAAUUCGGCAAUGAAGGAGAUAUUACUGUAUUUACUUUUACUUCCUGAACUGUAGGGUUUAUGUCAUACGGUCUGCAUCUUGAACGUGAAAAUGUAUCUCUUAUGUUUGGAAAUUUGAAGCAAAGUGGCGAAUUUCAUUAAUA